ACCCAUUUGAGCAUUUUCGAUCCAGCCCGACGCAUGAUUCUAUCUUUCUUUGCACUCAGAACGCCCACCUCUGCACACACACGUUCGCACACACAUCCCCUCAGCAAACAUGUUGGAAGCACGCUUGCCAGAGGCCGCUUUGCUCAAGCGAGUACUGGAUUCCGUGUCUGCACUUAUCACAGAUGCAAAUUUCGACUGCAGCGAUGAAGGGAUCCAUCUGCAAGCGAUGGACAACUCGCAUGUCGCUCUCUCUGCCAUCGAGCUUCGCGCGGACGGUUUUGACCCAUACCGCUGCGAUAGGCCGAUGACGAUCGGCAUUUCGCUCGCCUCGCUCUCCAAGAUCGUCAAGAGCGGAAACAACGAUGACAUCCUUACCCUACGCAAAGACGAGAGUGGCGACAGCUUGACUCUGACAUUUGAGAGCGCAAAAACCGACCGCAUUGCAGAGUACGACUUGAAGCUUAUGGACAUCGAUUCGGAGCACCUCGGAAUCCCCGAUACCGACUUCCAAGCGACUGUGUACAUGUCCUCCGCAGAGUUUGGCAGAAUCACACGCGAUUUGACGAACGUCGGCGAGUCGGUCACCAUCGAAGUUCAAAAGGAAGGCAUCACCUUCGCCACCGAGGGCGACAUUGGCAAGGCAAAUCUGACGCUCAAGCAAGGCUCCGCCAGCGGCAGCACCAGUGCCGGAGGCGCUUCGAGCAGCAAGGUCAAAGUCUCCAAGGAUGAGGAAGAAGACCUGGAUGAGGGAGAGGAGGAGGAAAAUGCGAAACGAGUGCAAGCCGAGAAGGACGACGAUGAAGAGGAAAACGAAGAGGACGCCAUGCCAGCGGAUAAGAAGCGCAAGCGCAGCAACGGCAAGGCCGGGCAGAUCGAGUCGGACGAGGAGGUGGACGAUAAGAACAAGUCGGCAGCGAAGAAGGGCGGCAAGAAGGGCAAGGGAGCCGCAGCGAUGAGAACCGAGGAGGGCGAGGUGCCCGUCAGGAUCGAGCUGUCGCAAGCGGUCAAGCUCACGUUUUCGCUCAAGUACCUCAGCAACUUUGCCAAGGCCGCGCCGCUUAGCGCAGAGGUCAAGCUACAGAUGAGCAAGGGGUUCCCCUUGCUAUGCGAGUUCGCAUUUGAAAACGGCCACGUCAGGUUCUACCUCGCGCCCAAGCUGUCCGAAGAGGAUGACGAGUAACCGCUGUCCAGGAUCUGGACCAAGCUCAGCUUUUGGCGCUGCCGCCUGCACAUGGUCGGCAGGGCAUUGCAGCUAGUCGUCCCCUUUCCACACCUCUUACACCAGCCCGCUUCACAUAUCGCCCGCAUCAAAUGUAUUCGAUCGCUUUUGUCUGGAAGAUUUGCACUCAAGUGCUCCGCUAUGAUGAUGUAUCAUGCGUCUUUGAAUCACGCAUGCCAACUCUCGGAGUAGUGUCUGCAAACCAGAUGGAAAACGGCCUUAGACAGGCGAUCGUACUAAUUUGUUGUAUACUACCACCGUUCAAGUCAGCAUCCCUACUGGAUCAUCAUCUGUACAAAAUCCUUGAUCUUCUCAACAUAUGACUCGGGCAAACCAUGCUC